AUGUUGGGGGAUAACCAGACCAUCAAGAUGGCUGCCAUGCAGAGUGAGCCGGACGAAAACGUGCAGUUUUCGGAUUAUUUUGCGGGUCUAGAUGGCCCACCGAAAUUAAGAUAUAGGGAAAAAGUUAGUAUAUGUGGGUUCGACCCUUAUUCGCUAAAGAAAAGUGAUUACAGUGAAAAUGUGGAGAUUUUACCGAGUGUGCAGUAUCUGGAUAUCGUGAAUUAUUUAGUCUUGCAAACCUCGUGGGCGACAAAAAGCCAAAUGAAGGCCUACAAGUCGAUGGAUGCAUAUAAUUUUUUCGUCUCUGGCUGGGUGAACACCCUCUACAUGCGAUGUGUUGGUACAGAUAAAGUUGUUGUGUUUGCGAGGGUGAGUGAAGAUGAGCUUAUUAAGUUCUUUGUUCCCUGUUUUAACAUUUUCACUGCAUGUUAUUCCUAGUUUUGUCUGUGACAGAUUUUCGUUUAUGUGUACAACUACUUUCAGGUGAUACAAAUAAAAUGUUGAGUUCAGCUAAUUUGAAGGCUGUGAUAUGUUUUUCUCUGAGAUGAAGAAUUUAUUUGGAUAAAUAUUGUAAAAUAUCUGCAGUGGUUUUCAGUUCAUCCUUGUGUUAAAUUUUGUUUUCCUCUUUCUGGGUAAUAGUAAUGUGUGAUAAUAAGCUUAGAACGAAAGAUAAGAUUGAACCCGGGAUGGAUUCUUUUGUUUUCAACUUCAUUGUUUUGUAAGACAUAUACAAAUGGCAGGGUUUUCUUAAUUUGCAUUAUUUAUGGGAUACCUUGAACAGGUAAACCACUCACAGAGAGCACGGGAUACCCCUCUUAAAGUAUGGUUUUUGGCCGAAAAAGAUGGCACUGUUAUAGCAGCCCACUGUGAUUGUAUGGCAGGAUUGUGUGAAGCUUGUUCGCAUGUUGGUGCAGUGCUUUUUGCUGUAGAGUCUGGUGUUAGAAUUAGAGAUUCCACCACUUGCACACAAGAAAAAAGCAAAUGGAUGCUCCCUAGUCAUGUGAGAGAAAUCCCCUACUUACAUGUAUGUGAUAUGGAUUUUACAUCCGCAAAGAAGAAGUAUGAUUUGAUGGUGGAAAAUGAAGUUACCCCUAGUGGGACUAGGUCGGACCCUGGGAUCAAAACUACUGGGAUACCCGCACCAACUGCUGAUGAGCAGAAAUUUUUUUUUGAAAGCAUAUCUAAGACUCAAGUGAAACCUGCAGUACUGUCCCUUGUACCACCAUUUAAUGAGCAGUUUGCAUGUAAAGAAAUUGACAAUCUGCCAAAGUCUCUUCCUGAUAGGUUGUAUAGAGAAGAAUGUGUUGUGCUGGAAUAUGAGGAGUUACUGCAAUGCUGUAAGCCAGUAGUUCUUGAGGUUACACCAGGGGAAUGUCGAGCAAUAGAGGCUUCAACUAGGAAGCAGUCACAAAGUCAAGUUUGGUACCAGCAAAGGGCAGGUCGUGUAACCGCUUCCAAACUUAAAUCUGUUUGCAGCACAAAUCCAGCAAAACCUGCAAAGAGUCUGGUUAAGGCAAUAUGUUACCCUGAAGCCCAUAAGUUUUCAACUGCAGCCACAAGGUGGGGAUGUAGAAAUGAGGGUAGGGCACGUGAAGCUUACCAGAAAUCAAUAGGUCAGUUCCAUGAGUCUUUAACAAUUUCAGACAGUGGUCUAAAUGUUGAUCCAAGGUGGCCAUACUUGGGAGCUUCCCCUGAUGGGUUUGUAAAUUGCAAAUGCUGUGGGCAGGGUGUAUGUGAAAUAAAAUGUCUAUAUGCCUAUAAAAUCCGAGUCCCAGAUGGGAUUUGAACCCUCGACCCUCCGUGAUCUAGUCGGAUGCUCUAACCACUUGAGCUACUGGAGACUCUAUGGUGAGCUAGUCGGAUGCUCUAACCACUUGAGCUACUGGAGACUUGUUUCAUCUUCAAUAUAUGCCUAUAAGGAUGCAGUAAUUUCUGAUGCUGCUGGCAAGAAAAACUUUUGUUUAAAAAAAGAUGAACUUGGUAACAUUUACCUGGACAAAUCGCAUGCUUAUUACUACCAAGUUCAAGCACAGAUAUUUAUCUGUGGCGUCGAAUAUUGCGACUUUGUAGUGUGGACAAUGCAAGAUCUUUUUGUGCAGCGAAUUCUUCCUGAUCGAGAGCUUUGGGCUAAUUCACUACGCGCUGCCACCGAAUUUUUUAACAAAUGCCUUUUGCCUGAAAUGGUGGGUAAGUGUUACACUCGUCCAGGUUGUCAAGUUCAAACCCACAUUGACUCACCAUCAUCAACAUGUGAUGAAGACGAUGUGGAAGGGCCUUGGUGCUACUGUCAGCGACAUGUGGAAGGAAGCACAUUAAUCGGGUGUGACAAUGAUACAUGCCAGAUAAAAUGGUACCACAUGUCGUGUUUGAGGAUGAAAGAACUGCCUGAUGGUUCUGUCCAACUUGCCAUAGGCUAA